UAUGCAUUCGCUAUCGAUACUUCGUCGGGCGAGUAUCACACACGGUCCAUUUUCGGCGAUAAUCCGGUUCCUCCAGUCUUACCGUUAAGUUUUUAUAUCUCGAUCGAACGUGAGAUCAGAACAGAUGCGAGUACUCGAUCGUUUAUAAGCUUCUGAUUGGUCGCGUCUACCGUCCGAACUAAAUUUAAACGGGCGUUCGUUAAGCGUCUCGUUUGCACAUGCAGUAUCCUCGACACCGCGCGAGUGCAACGUUACAUGAUGCGGUCGACAAUUUUUCUUAAUCAGAUUCCGUUCGUAACUCGGUCCUCGUCGACAGAAUAAUAUUUCUACGAUCUAUCAGUGCACGUGUAACGCAAGGAUGCUGUGUCGUUGAAGCGGUUCGUUAUCGUUGCAUACUAUUCGUAUUCAUAAAGUUUGUUUACGUCGGUUCUACGAGUGAGUCGGUAUUCGAUCGAAAGGAAAGUACACUUUUUUCGAGCGAUACUAUCACGUGAUUUAAGGUAUCUAACAGAGAACAAGGUUCCACGAGUUUGUAUAAGAGUGCAUUCAACGAUUUUCGUUCAUCGAUCGUGUCAUGCGAUAAGCUUAGAAAUCGAUGGACCACGGUGAAAUAGAGAGGUUCAGUUUCUUUUUUAUUUCGAGUUCGUCGUUCAAGUUUUAUGGGUUAGGACCUUUCGCCUGCUCGUCCACCACCACGUGAAAGUAGCGGCAACCUGUUGCCACCUUUGUACCUUGAAAAAUGUGCUCGUGCAUCGAGCGUUUGUUCAGGCUGCUCUGGCUAUGUAAACUGUACGCGUUGAUCGCGUUGAUAGUCACAGCGAUUGUUGUUUCGAUAAUAAUCCAGCCAAUAUGGUCGGCCGAUUCGCCAUCGAACCGCGAUGUAUUCAUGGACAUCGAAAUGGAAAGGACUUACAACUGGGUUUUGGACAAGUGGUACAACUUCACCGACGGCGUUAGAUGGUACAAUAAUAAAAUACUGUCUCCAUCCGACCCGGAGUGGGAGCGUUACUUGGCGGACCUACGACGGAAUUGGAUAGUUUGGAUGUACAAUCCAAACCAGUCGUACAAUCUUAAAAAUCCUGAGAUCGAGGAUCAUUCGAUGGGUCAAGCCAAUGUCAUUCGUAAAAUUCUCAAUGAAAAGAGGAAUGGUUUCUUCGUGGAGUGUGGCGCCUACGAUGGCGAGACACGCAGCAACACGUUGGUCCUGGAACGACAGCUCGGUUGGACUGGUCUCCUGGUCGAGGCGGACCCCAUAAGUUUCAGCAAAAUGUUGCAGAAGAACAGGAAGGCUUACCUGACGCCCACGUGUCUCGGGAUUCAGCCAUAUCCUACCAUGAGUUCCUUCCUGAUGGCGAGAAACGUGGGUCGUCUUCACGAGCCGAACGCGACCGACAGCCAUUUGCCAAAUUCGCCGGACGUGGCCCACAGCGGCACCCACAUUUACGUCCAAUGUUUCCCAUUCGUCCAUUACAUGGCUGCGCUGAACGUCACCACUGUUCAUUACUUCAGUCUCGACAUAGAGGGCUACGAGUUGGAGGUGUUAAAAACGAUUCCGUUCGACACGAUAAAUAUAGAGACUCUUUCGGUGGAAUUCUCCCACGUGGAAGAUGGCAAGAAGGAGCUGAUCAGCUUCAUGGAGUCCAAGGGCUACUUUGUCUAUUCGUUCGUCGUGAGAGCUGACAAAUUGGCUCACGACAUAAUAUUCGCUAAACAAGCGAACGAAGGAGUCUAAGUUCGAUAGAGUAAUCUCACAUUAGUCGAAUACGUGUUUAUUAUCUUGUUCCUUGACCUGAAAUACAUCAGUCGCGUUACAACGGUAUUGUUGGAACUAGUAUUGUUGGUUCCUAGUAUUGUCCACGCGUUAAGUAUUCGGAUAAAUCGUUCGGUUGGUAUUACCAGCUUUAUAAGCCAUUCCUAUAGCUACUAGUCAAUUAUUACGUUGUUUUGUUUAAUUUAGAUUUAGUUUCGACGCGUCGUUGUAUGAAUCCGGACAGAGCUUAAUUUUAGGUUAUCUAGUUUUUGAUCGGCGAGAAAUAAAAAAAUAAUGUAUCUUCACGUCGAACAAAAAAAAAACUAGAAAAAGUCUGGUAUCGUUAAUAUUAUUUUCAUUUUAUUUUACAAAUAUUUACAGGAACAUACAUUUCGCAUAAUAAAAUAAAGUGUCUCUUUAUAGGUAGUACACACAAAUUCCCGUCGACAUUAAUUCAAAAAACGACAGAAAAUAAAUAUUCCGGAAACAAUUAGGAACGCACGGUUGUUCCCACCGCGCGAGAAAAUUUGCACAACAAACCGUUAACGCGAUUUUCUGCGAUUCGUUACAACUCUCUCAAAGCUCGUUUCAUCGAAUUUCGUUUUAUGUAUCAUUUUUAUUUAUGUUACGAUCUCUCUAUGGGG